AUGGAAACCAAAUCAGAAAAUCACAGCAGAGAUUACGAAAUUAAACAAAAUUUCAUUCUAGGCGUUUGCACGAUCGUCUAUGCAUUUGUGACUGUAUUGAUAAACUCCAUAGCCGCCUAUUAUUUGCUUGUAUUUAAAAAAGUGUCAUUCAGCAGAAAGAAGUAUAAUGAUUUACUAAUGGGCCUUCAGGCACUCAUGGGAAUUCUUUUGGCGCUUACCGGGUACACUUGGACAGCGGUUGCUUAUCUGACAGGUGAAUGGCCUGCGGGGAAAGUCGGUUGUUCAGUGAGCACGUUAUGUUUGCUGUUCUUCGGGACAAUGACAGUUAUGAUAACAUUGGUUAUGUCUGCGGAAAGAUUUAUCGCCAUGUGUUUUCCUUUCUACUACGAGCAACUCAUAGAAUUUCGCAAAAUUGUAUCAGCAACUGUGUACAUCUUCCUACACGCAGGCGCACUGGCGAGUCUCCCCGUUAUAUUAAAAACAGUCGAACUCACAAAGCAACCAGUACCCAUUUGUUUGUACUCGCUUUAUUCACAAAGUUUACGAGAAGAAGUCGUAGUACAUGCGUUUGUCUGCAAUUUUUCACUCUGUAUUCUUCUGAUGCUCAUCAUGAACCUGUCAGUGUUAAGAGCUUUGAAGAAAAUGGACCGGUCAGUUGGAGUGGAGAUCAGGGCUCAGUUUGGCGCAGAGAAGGAAUCCAUCAUCCUGUCCAAUCUGACAGGUCUCAUGGCUCUUUUUUAUUCUCUCUGUUGGCUGCCCAUUGUGGUAAGUGGUUUU